AUGUCGGGUUCGAUCAAAUGUGCCACAACUCCUAACUGUGUGCUCCCAACAUGGAUUAUGGACGGGAAGGAUGAUUGCGGAGAUGGAAGUGAUGAAGGCGAGCACUCUCUGAGAACUCUUCCACUUGUUUCACGAAAGAAUUCCACCACGCCCGAGACAACCAUAUCAAGCUCAACUGCCCAAAGAGCCCAAACAACUCAUAGUACAACCACAACAGUGCCCUCCACGACACUUUCUCAAACGCCACCCGAACUCACUAGGCCCUCUGGUAACACACUGAUGUUCUAG